ACCAACUGAAAAAACCUUAGAUUUGGACUCCCACCAUUGACAAACCUUUUCUUUUUUACCUUCCAUUUUUCAUUUGCCAACGGAGGUUAACGAUUACCUAACUCCUGUAAUCGGCAGAAUCGGGAAAAGCAGCCAAAAUCGACAUUCGAUUUCAAUGGAAACGAUUACCGAUCCUGCUUUGAAGCGGCACCAACAAAAAAAGGUACAACUUCAUACUUUUAAUGUUAACAAUACAGACCAUAAUCCCGUGAUCGUAUUGGCAUUGUGUGCAUCCUUUAAUUAUGUCUAUGGAACUAGAACUAUAAAAUUAGUACAAAAUCAUCAUAGUUAUAGUAUUGUGAUCAGAAAGAAGAAUCGUAAUAGCAGAAAAUUGUUGAGUGGUAAGUGCAAUAACGAUACUAGUAAAGAUUCUAUUGUUCGUGUUGUUUCUCCCUAUUUUAACAAUAAAGGAGAUGUUAAUUUUAAAGAAAGAAGAGAUACUUUGGAGAAUAAGAGGGGAAUUAAUGGGGAUUGUUGUGGGAUGGAGAUGAUUAAGCAAAUUAGUGAUGAGAGGAUAUUAUUAUCAAAAAGGUUGUUGUUGGGUAUUGAUCCAAAAUCUCAAAAUUCUAUUGAGAAGGGUGGAGUUUUAGAUAAUAACAAUGGGAUUGGGGGGAUGGGUGUUAUGAUGACCAAUGAGGAUGGCAAGAGUGUAGUUUCUCCCUAUUUUAGCAACAAAGGAGAUGUGCAUAUUAAGCAAGGAAGAGAUAAUUCUGAGAAUGAGAGAGGAAUUUAUGGGGAUUAUCGUGGGGUGGAGAUGAUUGAGCAAAUUGAUGAUGAGGGGUCAUCAUUAUCAAAAGGGGGAUUGUUGGGCAUUGAGCCAAAAUCUAUAGAUUCUAUUGAGAAGGGUGGAGUUUUAGGGGAUGAGAACGGGGCAGCGGAGAUGGGUGUUGUGAUGACGAAUGAGGAUGGUAAGAGUGUUGUUUCGCCAUACUUUGUGAAUAGUAGUAGAAAGGAGAAGGGUAAAGGUAGGAAAAGGAAGAAGAAAGUUCGGAAUGAUCAAUUGCUUGUUGAGAUUGGGAAUGGUGAUUGGGGGGAGAAAAACAAGCAAAGCUUUGUGGAUAGAAAUUCAAAUGAGGCUGAUGUUCUUGAGGAGAAGAAACAAGGGAAUGGAGAAGUUCUUGUUAGUUUGUCGAACGAUGAUAAGGAGAUGGUUGUUUCCCCAUAUUUCGUGAGUAGUGAUGUCAAGGAGAAAAAGAAAAAUAGGAAGAGGAAAAAAAUGGCACAAGUUGAUCAAUGUUGUGGCAAAACUGAUAAUGUGGAUAACUGUAUGUUGUUAAAAAGGGAUAUAAAUGAGAAACAUGUCAAAGAAAAGAAUUCGACUAUAAGUGUGUUGAAUGAUCAACUUAAAGUGGAUAGUCCUAUUGUGGACAAGAUUGAAAAUGUCGAGGAGAAGAUUAGGGGAAGGGAACUCUCUGUCAGUGUGAUGAAUGAUGAUGAGAACCGAGAUGUUUCUCCAUAUUUUCGGAAAAAUGAUAGCAAUGAGAAGGGUAAAAGAAGGAAGAGGAAGAAAAAAGUUCAAAAUGAUAAUUUAUUUGGAGAAGUUGAGGCUGGUGCCACAAACGUCAAGUCAGAAAAAACUGUUUCACCGUAUUUUAUUGCCAAUGGAGCUUAUGGCCAUGUAGACGGAGUAAAGGAAAAGAAUAAGUUUAGGAAACAAAAAUUUAAUGGUAAACAAACUUUUAAUGAAGAUGAAGUGUCUGAAAACAAGAAGGGUUACAUUAAGGUCGGAAAUAAUGCAGAAAAUGAGAGGAGUCUGAAGAGAGCUACUGUUACAUCAAAGUAUGCUAAUAGUGAAGACAUGAUUGAUCAGGGCUACGUAGCGGAGCUUAAUGAGGAGGAUGGUAGUGAAGAUACUAUUUCUGAAAGCAAUUUUGGUGAUUAUGGGAAAAUUCAUAGGGCUACUUUUGCUUGCAAUAAAAUUAUGAAGACAAAACGGUUGAAACCCUUGUACCAAUUGAAAACAGACGAGAGUCUGGAUGGUAAAACUUUGCAUGUUGGACAAGAAGGGUGCACCUUGGUGGUUGACCCCAUCAAUGUGAAGUCAAAAAAGAAGAAGACGAGUGCUAUAAAGUGUGGCGCAGCAGCUGGUGAGAAGGAUGACUUUGAUCCUUCUUCAAUAGGAUCUAAAUCCGAAGAUUGGUUACACGACAACAAUGACUGUCUUCAAGCAUCAUCAAAUAAGGUAAUCUGUCAAUGUUCCCAACGGGUAUUGGAGAAAAAUGAGUUUGACGAUGAAAGAGGCGAGCCCUACUAUAAACAUAGAGAAAAGAGGGUUGAUGAUAGGACCAAGUACAUCAAGUUUGAGGAGUUGCUUUCCCAAUUUUCUUUCAAGGAUGCUACUGACGUGAAUUCGGAUAUAGGAAAUGGGGACAAGGAAGGAGAUGGUGCUGGGAAAAGUAAGAAGAAUGUUAGGAAACGGAGAGGUACAAAUGGGUAUCUUAGUGCUGCUGAGAAGCUAGCUGACGCUUACCGAAGAAAAGCUCCCGACUGUAUUUGGAUCCCACCCCGUUCUCCUUAUAAUCUUCUCCAAGAGGAUCAUGCCUAUGAUCCGUGGAGAGUCUUGGUGAUUUGUAUGCUUUUAAACAUCACUACUGGACCCCAGGUCAAGAAAGUAUUGUCGCUCUUUUUUGAUGUGUGCCCCAAUGCGGAAGCUGCUGUUAACAGCGACAUAAUCAGAAUUGCGAGUGUAAUACAAACUUUAGGGUUGCAGAGAAAGAGGGCAGCAAUGAUUCAGCGGUUUUCUACGGAGUAUUUGUGUGACGAUUGGACCCACGUGACUCAGUUGCACGGAAUCGGAAAGUAUGCCGCUGAUGCGUAUGCAAUUUUUUGCACUGGCAAGUGGCGAGAGAUAAUCGGGUCAUUUUUAGACGGCUCUAGCAUGGCGAGAUUCCAUCUGUUGCAGGCUCUGUCAUCCUCAACCUUCUAGCAGCAGCCGCAACUUCAAUCCAUUUCAUUCCAUUGAAUCUUCCUUUACC